AUAGCUCAUGCAACAACAAACCCCAUAAUUAGAAAGAAAAUGGCUAUCUGUUUUUGUUUUGGGUCAGAAUCCAUGCCAAAAUAGGGCAACAGCUUGUACUAAUCAAUUCCAUUGUCAAAUCCAAUCAUGCAACUCUUCACCAUUGUCAAAUUCCUCUGCCCUAAUGUAUAUAAUAAACUCACCUUCUUCCCUACCAACACAAGCAAAAGCUGCUUUUGUUUGCAUGAGAUACAAGAAAUUACCAACACAAUGAGUCUCAACUGCCUUACCUGCAGCCCGCUUCUUCCAAGAACAGACUCAUUUGAGGAGUUAUUUCCAGAAAAGGAAUACAAGGAACACAAGGAAUACAAAGAAUACAAGGAACACAAGGAAUCCAAGCAAAUCAAGGAAGCAUACAAUCAAGUUGAUAGAAGCUGGUCAAACAACAAGUUACCAUCAUCACUAAAACGUGACCUGCCAAAAGUUGGUGCUGUGGCCAAGCUUAAGGGUGAUCAUCGCCGCAAUUAUAGUACAGGAGAUGUUCCUUAUCCUGGACCCUCAGGACCAAAGCUCAUGAGGAGUAGUGGAAUGAGAAGAAACUGGAGUCUUGAAGAUCUCACUGAAAAACAAGAGCGCAGAGUGAGGUUUCGCUGACAUUCUUCUAUGUUUCCUUUCCACUUUUCUGCCUUUUCUAUACUUUCUUUCUGAUACAUGACUCACAUACCUUGUAGUUUUUUUAUUUUCAUUUUCUCCUUUGAAUUCUUUGUAAUUCGUGGUUCAAUUUAUUAAUUCAUCACAUUUUAUAUUUGUUAUAGCC